AUGGCAUAUGGUAUUCGCCGCAAGCACCUGUCUCUCAAGGAGUUUGGGCUCACCGAGGACCAGACCAUCGCCUCGACAUGGAAUAUCGAGAGCCUUCCGCCAUCUGCAAGGGCAUUGCUCAGGGUACUUUCCGUCCUUGAUCCGGAUACCAUUCCGGAGGAUAUUUUGAUGACCGGUGUCAAUGGAGUCGACCUUGCGAACUAUCCAAAGACAAUGAAGGCGUAUUUCGACGCACGAGAGGAGCUUCUCAGGUCCUCCCUGGUUUCCAGGAACAGAGACCUCGGGUUCGUUAAGAUUCAUCGGUUGGUGCAAGAGGUCGUGCGGCAGAAGGUGUCCAUUGAUGAACUUCGUGAGACCUACAAUGCAGGUGUGACGUUGGUCUCUGCGGUGUGGCCUUUCCUGGACGACUCCAACCUAAACAGAGUUGACCGCCUGCGACAAGUACAAAGAUGCUUACCCCAAGUGGCUGCUUUGAAGGUGGCGCUCGAGGGCAAAACGCCGUCUGUUUUGCAGCCCAACAUCGGAAUUAGCGCAUUGUUGAAUGAGAUAUCGUGGUAUUACAUACUCCAGCCCUCCGGGUAUGGCCUACAGGAUGGAAUGGACUUUACGGUCCUUUCGGAGCGGGUUCUUGAGAGUUUCGCCGGGGAAAAGGACGAGACGCGCUAG